AUGAGGUCCCAGGUGGGCAAGAUCACUAAACGAAAGUCUGGCCAAGGGACACAACUGAUGUCGGACCGUGAUGCAUGGGUAGUUCAAACCUUUGGCUUUCUGGAAAAACACAUUGUCCGGAUCCCAAGCAGGCCUACUGCUAAGUUCCCAGAUAUUAAGACAUCAGAUUCCAUGGCCAUACCCAGUGGUGGUGAUGAUGACGAUGAUGAGAAAGAGGAGGAGGAGGAUAAUCGUCAGGGAGAUGCUCCUCAUGCCAUGGAGACAGUUAGCACAGAUUCGAUCUCUGAUGAAGCUGGGACCAGGGGAAAGGUCAAGAACAAGAGCAGGCCAAAAUGCAAGGCUACUAAAACUAAAGAAUCUGAGGUGCUCGGCAAGUUACUGACCCGUGCCGAUGAAUUGGUCAAAAUCUGCAAUGCUCCUGCAAAAGAAAUGUCUCCACACGAGCAGCAGGUUGAGACGUACAUGGGGUAUAUGAAAACACAGAUACAACUUAUUCCAUGCGAAAACUGGUACCAGUUUACAAUAGACAACAUGAGGCUG